AUGCGCAUUCAAUCCACUUGGCUGGGCGCUCUGGCGAGUUUACCAUGUGUCCUCGCAUCAUGGCCUAUGUCUUACAGUGAGAUGGUGACCCCCUACCGUAAUGACGAGCCUAAAGUGAAAGUCGAAACACUUUAUCAGUUCCCAGAAAAUGGUUCUUGGGUUGACAACAUCGUCCUGCGAUCAAAUGGAAAUAUACUUCUCACUCGGCUAGACGUACCGGAAGUCUGGUCUGUCAACACUACGAGCGGAAACGCGACGCUGGCCCAUUCCUUUACCAACGCGACGAGCUGCUUCGGCAUCGCCGAAAUUGAAGACGACGUUUUCGCGGUAGUGGUAGGAAACUUCUCCACAACUACGUACCAGCCCACUGCAGGGUCAUUUACCGUUCAGAAAUUGGAUUUCAAUGUCGCCGCAAACGAGAGCGAGCGAGUAUCCCAGACCGCAACAGUAUCGCACAUCGUCGCACUCCCCGAGGCACAAGCUUUGAACGGAAUGGCCGCGUUCACCAAAGAUUCCCAUCUUGUUUUGAUCGCCGACAGUCCAAAGGGAGCCGUUUGGAAAGUCAACCACAAGACCGGCGACUAUGAGAUCGCCCUGAAUGACACAACAAUGAUGCCGGCAGAGGGACAGGCCUUGCCCCUGGGCAUCAAUGGAUUGAAAUUGGUUGAUGGAUACAUUUACUAUUCGAGCACCACACGAAUGCAGUUCUGUCGCGUCAAGGUGGACGAGAAUGCCAAUGCUGUCGGAGAAUUCGAGGUCAUCGCCAGUGGAUUCCUGCCAGAUAAUAUGGAUGUGGCCCCGGAUGGCACAGCCUACAUUGCUACCGACCCGCAAAACUCUGUCGUUCGUAUCACUCCUUACGGCCAGAUCUCGUUGGUUGCCGGAGGUCAGCUUUCUACGCAAAUCCCUGGUGCCACAUCCUGCCGUUUAACAAAUGACCGCAAGACUCUCUACGUGGGAACAAGCGGGGGGCAAGUGGCACCUGUCUUGGGAACGUUCAAGGAACCCGGGAAGGUGGCUAAGAUUACCAUGGUGUGA